AUGAAGAACGCAGAAGGUUGGGACGGCAAAAUGAGAGUUGAAUCUAAAGCUGUCAUUACGAACCCCGAGGCCUUGGAAGAUUCAGACUACUCCGACCCGGAUGCGCCGCCGGUCGAUCAGAUCGAUGCCGAUGAAGACUUACUAGCAGAUGAGGAUUUGGAGGUAGAGGUUUGUCUUUCCGCCAUUUUCUCUUACCUAUACCGGUCUUUUCAAGAAGCAACUGACAGCUUCCUUCACGUGCAGGAAAUCGACCUGAGACUAUGCCUCCGUCAAAAUCAAAUACAACGCAUCGAAAUCCCACAAAAUGUCGCCGUCAAUCUAAAUGAGCUGGAUCUCUACGAUAACUUAAUUUCCCACAUCAAGGGCUUGGAGGAUUUCAAAGACAUAUCCACACUGGACCUUAGUUUCAACAAAAUCAAGCACAUCAAGAACAUCUCGCAUCUUGAGAAGCUUACGGAUCUAUUUUUAGUUCAGAAUAAGGUCUCCAAGAUCGAAGGGUUAGAGGGUCAGACUGUGUUGCGCAAUUUGGAGCUUGGCGCAAAUAGGAUUAGAGAAAUCGAAAAUCUGGAAACUCUCAUUGCCCUUGAGGAGCUUUGGCUUGGAAAGAACAAGAUUACCGAGAUGAAGAACUUGGAUGCUCUCAACAAUCUUCGCAUCAUUUCCAUCCAAUCUAAUCGCCUCACAAGCAUCACAGGCGUAUCAAAACUUCCCAAUCUCGAAGAACUUUACCUCUCCCAUAACGCUGUAACGGAGCUGUCUGGCCUAGAGUCCAACACGACCCUGCGCAUUCUCGACUUUUCCAACAACCAGGUUUCCCACCUGGAGCACCUUUCCACACUGAAGAACCUGGAAGAGCUGUGGGGGUCGAACAAUCAGCUUGCCAGCUUUGAGGAAGUCGAGCGCGAGCUCAAAGAUAAAGAAAAACUGCAGACCGUCUACUUUGAAGGUAACCCGUUGCAAACUAAUGGACCUGCUGUUUAUCGCAACAAGGUUCGGUUGACGCUGCCGCAGAUUGUUCAGAUCGAUGCCACCUAUGUGCGGGUCUGA